AUGGGGAGGCCUCUGAUGUACGAGAUAGUGGAGAAGCCGGCGAGCAGCGGCGUGAUAGCCGUCUGCUCCCUCAUCUGGUUCCUCAUCCAGAAGAGGGGCAUCGGGUACGCGGACGUGGGGCUGAGCUACGAGGCGGCCGUGGAGGGCGGGCAGCACUGGCGGCUCAUCACCGCCGCCUUCUCGCACGUCAGCGUGGUGCACCUGGUGUUCAACAUGAGCGCGCUGUGGAGCCUCGGCGCCGUCGAGCAGCUGGGGCAGGCCGCCGGGCUCGGCGUGCAGUACUACCUGCACUACACCCUUGUCCUCGUGGUGCUGUCCGGGCUGCUGGUUCUCGGGAUCUACCACGUGAUGAUCCGGAGGUUCAAGGUGGACUACUUCCGGAGGGUGACCGCCGUCGGCUACUCGUGCGUCGUCUUCGGGUGGAUGACAAUUCUGGCCGCGAAGCAGCCGUCGUCCAAGCUCAACCUCUUUGGGGUCCUCUCGCUGCCCAUCAGCUUCGCGCCCUUUGAAUCGCUCAUAUUCACGUCAAUCAUGGUUCCCCAGGCGAGCUUCAUCGGCCACCUGUCCGGGAUCAUCGUUGGGUACUCGAUCGCCUGGGGUUUGAUUCAUGGGAUGAAUAACUACUGGGCCGUCACAUUGCUUGGGUGGAUUGUGCUUGUCUUCGUCUUGAGCUUGAAGCGCACAGGGUCUUUGGAGAUGAGGUUUAUCGAGAUUGAGCCAGUUACGGAUCCCUCGUUGCCAUCUGUUGGUUUGGUCGCCUCCAGAAAUGGCAGGGCUCUGCAAAUGGAUAUGUUGCCCGGAAGAGGAGUUGCAGAUUUUGUAUGA